GAAACCCAAACACAAAAACAUAAACAUAAACCAGCAGAGCCAUGAAGAGGCGACGCGUAACUGCAGCAGCAACUCGUUUCGGCGGCUUCCGUGUUGCAUCGGGGAGGAAGAUGGCACUGGCACGCGCCUGCCACACGCUGCUGGGGCUAAUUGUGGCAUUCGGAAUGAUUUGCGUGUGCUCGGCCGUCGGCUAUUCCUAUGCGCGCUUCGAGGGUCCGGUGGCGGGGCCAGAGCACCUGGUGACGGUCCACAACGGACGCACCGAUUAUGUGGCACGGCCCGAGUACAGCUUCGCCUAUGGCGUCGAAGAUGGCAAGACGCGUGUGCUGCAGAACCGCAAAGAGACGCGCAACGGGGACGCGGUGCGCGGCGUCUACAGCGUAGUCGAUCCCGAUGGCACCCUGCGUGUGGUUAAGUACACCGCCGACGAUGCCAAUGGCUUCCAGGCGGAGGUUAUCACGAAUGGUGUGAAAUCAUUGCACGGCCAUGGCGAUGCUGGCGCCGCCAGUGGUGGUGGUGCGUCGGUGGACGAACAGGUGAGGCAUGACAGCGCUGCCGAAACAGAGGCAGCGGCCGACGAUGAAGCGGAGGAGGAGCAGGCCAAUGGCAAUGCCCACUACAAGGUGCACGAGGACUACGACGAGGGAGAGGAGAAAGAGAAGGAUGGAGGCGAUGAGCAGGAGGAGGAGGAGGAGGAGGAGGGUGGUGGUGGCGAUCAUCAGGAGUACGAGGGCAGCAGCGAGGAGGGCUACGACGAGGCCGAUGCUCACAGUCAGCAGCAGGAGAGCAGCGAAGAGUAUUAGAUGCUCAGCCGAAGGAUUCUCCACCCCUACUCUAUAAGCUCCCAUAUGUACCCACUAUUAUUUUGUGAUAAACCAGAAAUACACCAAA